CAGCAGUACACAUCAACGAUGCGAGCGGCGGCGGCGGUAUGCGUCCUUCUGGCACACGCCGGGAUGUCCAUGUUCAACAGCAACGAGGUGUGCGAGCCCAAGACAGUCAUCUGCAAGUCUGCUAAGCGGGGAGCGAAGACGGUUCUUGCGCCAAAGCCGAAGUACAAGGUGUGGGCGAACGGGUGUGGCACCGACAGCAUGGGGUUCCAGCUCAUGGGCGAUGAACAUCUCGACUUCACGGACUGCUGCAACAGGCACGACGCGUGCUACGGGGUCUGCGGCAUCUCCAAGAACCUGUGCGAGAAGAAAUUUUCCAAGUGCAUGAAGGACAAAUGCGCGCUGGAGCCAACGGCGGACCUUCAAAAGUCGUGCGAGACCACGGCCGAGCUGUACGCGAUGGGGCCGAACUUGAUGGGAUGCCCCGCGUUCACGGCUGGGCAGAAGGAAGCGUGUGAGUGCGUCGACGCGGGAAAAGCAGACAAGUUGAAUCGAGAGCGCCUCGAGCACUUCCUAGCCCACCAAGCGAAAGACGGUGCGGCUGAGGACGUGGAUGGCCUCCUGGCCAAGUACAAGGGCAAGGAACCCGUCAUGUUUCUGCGCCUUUUAACCAAGUACCCCGACGCCAUAACGCUGAAGAAGGCACGAGUGAGCGAACAUGCCAAGAUGUUCGAGGCCCUCAAGAAGAAAACGCAGGAAGAGGCUUCCUCAGCCGACGAACACAGCGACGUGGAAGCGCACAUCGAGCUGUAAGGUGGGCAGUCGAAGGAGGCGAAGAACACGCGCGUGCGAGCGGUCAAUCUUGAAAGGAGUAACGACUUAAUCCAAUGUGGAAGCUGCUCUUACUU